UCCCUCUCCCCCUGUCUCUCUCUCUCUCUUUGCCUGUGUAAGAGGGUAAGGAAAGGGGUAGAGAGAGAAAGAGAAGAGACCCAUGUCCUGCAAAAUUCAUUCAAUUCAAUUAAUUAGACCCAACUUGGCUUUUGUUGUUUCUUGCCUUUCUUCUUGUACUGCCAAAUUUUGAGAUCGCCACUGGGCAAAGCUGAGAGGGGAGAGAGAGACUUUACUGCUCUAACGUCACCUGCUCGACCUGCUGCUCCUUCCUCCCUUUUCCAUCUCGUCCCAACCAAUUCUCUCUCAUUAAUUGCUCGGCUCUCCCCAAUCACCAUCCCCAAAAUCUGCCUCUUUCCUUUCAAGACGACUCCUUCUCCCCAGUUGAGACCUGCCAUCAGAUUUCUCUGCUUGUUUGACCAGAAAUGGAAGUUGUGGGUCUGCUAAUGCUUCCCGUGAUCUGUCCUUUCCCAGAAGUUUGUUUCCUACAUUGCAUCCCCUCAGGUUCGGUUUAGCUUCUUCUGCAAUUGAAGUUUGAUUCUUGAUUUAGCUGUUGGGUCGGAUUUUGGCGGUUCGAUUCGGCUGGGAAUUCAGUUUGUUAGAGCCAUGGAAGGAUGGCAUAGAGGGAUCUCCUUUCUGGACUGCUCUGUUUUUGUUUCUGUUUCCGUGUUGAUGAUUCUAUGUGGGGUUGCUAUGGCUGGUUUUCAGACCGUUGGGAAGGUUAGCCCCGGGUUUGGUGGGACCCAGAUGAACUGGAUUGACAAGGACGGGAAGUUCCUCGUAUCUAAUGACUCGAACUUCGCCUUCGGUUUCAUCACGAUGAGCAGUGAUGUCACCCUGUUCUUGCUCGGCAUCGUACAUGUCGGGACCCAGACCGUGGUAUGGUCCGCCAAUUGGGAAUCACCUGUCUCGAAUUCUGACAAGUUCUCGUUCAACGAGAACGGGGAUGUGGUCCUGUACAAGAGUGGUACUGUGGUCUGGUCCACAGGAACCGGUAACAAAGGUGUUUCCGCAAUGGAGAUGCAGGAUUCAGGAAAUCUUGUCUUGGUCAGAUCCGAUGGUGGGACUGUUUGGCAGAGUUUUAGCCACCCGAGCGACACCCUCUUAUCGAACCAGGAAUUCACGGAGGGAAUGAAGCUCGUGGGAAUCGGAGCGAAGAACCCGAGCUAUUCUCUCGAGAUCAAGUCUGGGGACAUGCUCCUCUCUGCGGGGUACCGGACACCACAGCCCUACUGGUCCAUGGGGAAAGACACUCGGAAAAUCGUAAACAAGGGCGGCGGGCAAAUCAGUUCUGCGAAACUUGAGGCAAACUCGUGGAGCUUCUAUGAUAAGAACAAGAACUUGCUCUGGAAGUUCGUCUUCUCGCAGAAUACCGACCCAAAUGCGACUUGGAUUGCAGUACUUGGGCAGGAUGGAACAGUAUCUUUCACAAACCUCCCUAGCACUGGCUCGGGCAGUGUCGUGACAUCCCCAACAAAGAUCCCAAGCAACUCGUGUAGCACACCCAAGCCUUGCGACCCUUACUUGGUCUGUCAUGAUACUAAUAAUCGGUGCAGUUGCCUCCCAGCUCUUCAAUCUUACACGAACUGCUCAUCGGGGUUUGUUUCUCCUCCAUGCAGUCCAAAGGGCCUCACAACGAGGCUUGUCAGUGCGGGAGAUGGAAUCAGCUACUUUGCUCUCAGUUUCAUCUUGCCUAACAUUGAUAAUGCCAACCUUGAGAGCUGCAAAUCUUCUUGUCUAAGUAACUGCUCGUGCCUCGCCAUGUUCUUUCAAAACAGCACUGGGAGCUGUUACAUUUUUGAUUCUGUUGGGGCAUUCCAGAGCUCCAGCAAGAGCUCGGACUUUGCAGCAUACAUCAAGGUACCGGGCAAUGGAGGGACUGGGACAAGCUCGGGUGGCAGUGAGAGCAGCAAGAAGCAUGCUGCAGUCAUUGCUGUAAUCGCUGUCUCAACAAUUAUCGUGAUCCUCGGUUUGAUAUAUGGAGGUUUUCGGUACUAUAAGUCGAAGUCGAAGUUGCCCGAGACUCCUCAAGAUGGUUCGGAGGAUAACUUCCUAGAGAGCUUGACAGGGAUGCCAGUACGUUUUGCCUACAAAGACCUCCAAACAGCAACUAACAACUUUACAACGAAACUCGGCCAGGGCGGAUUUGGUUCGGUGUACGAGGGAACCCUACCUGAAGGAACGAGGCUAGCAGUGAAGAAGUUAGAAGGGAUCGGGCAGGGGAAGAAAGAGUUCCGAGCUGAGGUUUGCAUCAUUGGGAGCAUCCACCACCACCACUUGGUCCGCCUCAGGGGCUUUUGUGCCGAGGGAGCCCAUCGCCUCCUCGCUUAUGAGUAUAUGGCUAACGGGUCCCUUGAUAAGUGGAUAUUUAGGAAAGACAAAGGGGAAAUGCUCAACUGGAACACCCGAUUCAAUAUCGCACUUGGGACUGCAAAGGGUUUAGCGUACCUGCACGAGGAUUGUGAUGCGAAGAUCGUGCAUUGUGAUAUAAAGCCCGAGAAUGUUCUCUUAGACGAGAAUUUCCUCGCUAAGGUCUCUGAUUUCGGGCUGGCUAAGCUGAUGACGCGGGAGCAGAGCAAUGUGUUCACAACCCUUCGGGGCACAAGGGGAUACCUUGCGCCCGAGUGGAUAACAAACUAUGCCAUUUCGGAGAAAAGCGACGUGUACAGCUACGGGAUGGUGCUGCUGGAGAUCAUUGGUGGGCGAAAGAACUUCGACCCCUCAGAGACAUCCGAGAAGUCCCAUUUCCCUUCCUACGCGUUCAAGAUGAUGGAGGAAGGGAAGUUGAGGGACCUCCUAGACUCAUGCCUGACUUAUGACGAAAGUGAUGAGCGGGUAAUUACAGCUAUUAAGGUCGCCCUAUGGUGCAUACAGGAGGACAUGGCCCUCAGGCCAUCGAUGACUCGGGUGGUGCAAAUGCUUGAGGGGCUCUGUCCGGUUCCUCAGCCCCCGACUUCCUCUCCGUUAGGGGGUCGGCUUUACUCGAGCUUCUUCAAAUCAAUCAGCGAAGAGGGGACUUCAUCGGGGCCAUCGGAUUGCAAUAGCGAUGCUUAUCUCUCUGCUGUUCGGCUAUCUGGCCCGAGAUAACAUUGAGGGAAACCUAAAUCGUUCGAAACCAUUUUGUCCAAUUUCAUGUACAUUACAACAAUACACAUAUAUAUAGAGAGAGGAAGAAACAUUAUCUAUGUUCA